AUGUCUGCGUAUGCCAAGCUUCAAGUACUGAAUGGCCCUGAUUGUUACAUAUGCACACUUCCUUUCAACAUAGGUUCUCAUUCCAGCUCCCACUUGUCAAUAAACUGUAAAAACGUGCAGCCACUUCACUGCUCAAUUUUUUAUUCAAACAACCACUUUCAGCUCAAAGCAAAAGCCCCAACUCUUUUAGUCCAAUCAGGAACUCUCACCGACGAAGACCCUUCAGUUGAAUUAAAAGACCUAAGCUGCAUAUCAAUCCCCUGCGACAUCCACUCCCCACACAUUUUCUACUUCAUUUUGCCUGUAUUUUCCUCUAUUGUUCUAGAGCCACCAGGUCUAGCUCCGAUCCCCGACAAUGAAGAGCUGAUGCCUAUUGACUCCUUCCCUUCCCGUCAAGCAGAUUCCAGCUUAAUAAAGAAAUGGGGGAUUAAUGACCGGGAAAAUUUAAAGAAAUGGCUGCUCACUUAUGGCUAUGGAAGAUGAAAAAAGCUCCAAGAAGCCAUGAGCGAAGGUGGAGCUUUUACCUCAAAAUCUAUUCCAGAAAUUAGGUCAUUUGCCACAUCUCUUGUCAGAACUAUUGUAGAGAAUCUCCCAAUGGAAAAACACGAGCUUAAAAAGUCUUUGGCAAAUAUGAUAGAAGAGACUGAAGACGAUUUUUAUAUCCCACCCAGGAUAAAGGAUUGGGGAAUGAUGGUAAGACAAAGAGCUGUGCCAUGGGGAAAAAGACUUUAUAUGCUGUGGAGGAUCAAAUUUCUGAUUAAAAAAUUCAAAGAAAAUAAUAAAAAUGAGACACUUAAGUGGGGGAAUUUGCUGAAUUUUAUGCCAUCAGGAGCUUUUUAUGGACAAAGACCUUCAGCGUGAUGGACAAGAAGGCAUGAUAUAGACCUUAUCAGAGGGACCCAUAAGCAUGGGUAUGCAAAUUAUAACCAGAUGAGAAAUGACAAAAAUUUAAGUUUCAGCAAUAUUGAUACAGAUUUAAGCUUCAAAGAAUUUCCAAGCGCCGACACAAUUACUCGCAGGCUAAAGAAGCUCAUGAUUUCAAUUGACAAAAUUGAAGAGUUCGAGUUUGACAAAGAGCAGCAGCUUUUCGAGCCAACUGACUGGUCAGCAGAAGAAAAAAGAGCUUUGCUUUCUUUGAUUUCUGACUUUGGAGUUCCAUUGAAUUUAGAAGGAAAAAAUGACUGAAGCCAAUUUAAAGAGAAGCUUGAUUCUCUGCUGCCUGGGAAUGACAAAGCUACUAAUAGCUUAGAAAGAAUGGUCCAACAUCUAAGAAUGCUAGCCCAACAUGUUAUGCACCCAGAAGAAGGGGAAACCGAAGUCAAAGAUGCAGAUGGAUAUACAAUGUCAAUUGAAGAUGCUGAAGCUUUACAGAACAGCUUGAAUAAACUACAGUUUAUUAGAAAGCAUAUACUCAAAAAUGGCAGCGAAUUUUUCAAUACUGAACUGCCAGCAUUAGAAAAAGCGACAGAAAAAAUUGUUAAAGAAGGAUCAGAGACGUGGCUUACUGAGGAUUGGAAAUGCGAUAUCCAUGAUAGAGGGCUGCUAAAUGCUGUCGCAGACAAUGGUCUUACCUUCUUGCAUAAUCUCUCUGAAAACCCUGAUUAUGGAUUCGCGGGGAUUAAUAUUAAUUAUGAAGAAGCAGAAGGGAGGCUGCAAUAUUUAUGUGAGUUUUUCAGAUCAAUCAGCAACCUACAGAAAUCCAAGAAGAAACGAGCUCCAGAAGAGCUUACGUUUGAUGAAAACGGCCAAAUCCAAGCCCCAACCAAGAAAAUCAAGCUUUCCAAGUUUAUAAUACCUAAAGAUGAAGAAGGAGAAGUCAUUUAUCCAAUAGUGAUAAACAACAGUCUGACCAUUCUCAAUCUAGGACUAAUUGAUGCUGACAGACCUGCUUACCACUCAGGUAGAAAUAUCUUUCCAAUCGGCUUUAAAAGCAUCAGAGAGCACUCCAGUAUGUUUAAAGCUAAAGAAAGAAUGCAAUAUCUCUGCGAAAUCCUUGAUGGCGGAGUAAAACCUUUAUUUAAAGUGACACCAAUGCAAGACGGCGAGCCUUUAGAAGACCAAGCCAUUUUAAGAGAAUCUUGCACAGGCUGCUGGAUCGUGAUCUGCAAUAAAGUUAAUGAGCUUCAACAAAGCAGAAGAAGCAAAGUCACAGUCAGCGGGACUGACCGAUUUGGACUAUGGGACCCUAACGUUGUAAAACUGAUCCACGGAUAAAUAAAAUGGCAUUUGGUUCGAGAGAAAUUAGCUCUGCGAAUUUUCUCUCGUUCAUGUAAUUUUAUAUAUAUGGGGCUAGUCUUUCUCUAAAACUUCUGCACAGCAACAGCGGUUUAACUUUGGGAAUAGCAAGAGGAACUGCUCCACAGUAAAAACCAAGAGGCUCAGAGUUUACCUCUCUCAGCACACUCGAGGAAAGUGGCUUUUAGGCGGAACAUGUGCAGAAGCUGAGUCAGAGAAGGGCGAUGGCAUCGCUUUGAAUGAGAAGCACUGGUCAGGAAGGUAGGCGGUUUAUUUGGGAGAGUCCGACCUUUUGGAUCGGAUAUGCUUGUGACAUCACCAUUUUGGUUCUUUCCCUAUAGUGGGAGUGUGGCGUUAGAAACCUAAAAAACUUUAAUUAAUGUAAUAUAAAACUGAUUCACGAACUUCCAGGAGCUGAGGCUAUCUUAAUGGGUAAGUAA